AUGGUUUUCUACGCAUAUGUAAAACAUGCCUUGGAUAACUGGAGCGCUCGAUACCUGAUUACCUUCGCUAGCCGCGAAGUUGCCGAUGAAUGGUGGCGUGCCGUGUCCACUUCCCGCACUAAUUUCGCGAACGGCAUUCAGCGUGUCAACGCCCAGUUCUACACACAUAACACAGGCAUGGCCAACGCUAGCGAAUCCCUCGUCACGAAUGGGGUUGCGACCCAAUUCCUUGGAAAAGUGUUUUUCACCUUGCUGAACGACUUAAUAUAUAUCUAUCCUACCGAAGUUUUUUUAUUCGGUCUAAAGUCACUCCUUACGACUAUUGGUACUGUCCCCAAUCGUGUAAUGCGAGAACUGCGUCGCACCGACAGAGGUACUGCAGGGACCGUCAUGAUUGGUCCUGACAGGAUCACCGUCAGGUUGACCACCGUAAAUCUGUCCGUUGACGUCAACGCCAGCACUGGUCAUGCGAUUCUUUCACCUGCUCCUCAGUCGGGGUUGACAUUUGGUGCACUUUUGAACGACUUCACCGUUGGGCCUACCUUGUUUGAGAACGAUGAGCGGGUGAAGGAGCUCCUCUACACGGAGAAUGGGGAGGAGUUGGAACUCGCUUGA